AUGGCUUCUGAGGUAAACUUAAAAUUUGCAUUUGCAAAUGCUGCGCAUUCUCUGUGUUUAACAAAUGAAUGGUUUCCGAAUGCUGUGAAACUUUUGCCUUUUAUAAUUAAACGAAACAAUGCAACAGUUGGAGGAGGAGGUGCGCCAUUUUCAAAAGCAUAUUGUGACAGAGAAAUGUGCGAUGUUGAGUUUUUGUUUGGGGACAUAUUUCAACAGGGUAUUUCUCUGGUUACAAAAUAUCUGGCCCAAGAGACGUUUCCAGUUGACAGGACAGAAAGUUUACUGCUUGGAAAGCUGUUUACCUUUAAAGCAGAGGAAAAAUGUAUAAAUGCUGAUCCUCAGAGAUUAAAAGAAUCAGAGUUUGCGGUGCUGUUGGCAAAUCAUCUGUUUGGAAGACUUGCAAUGUCCAACCGCUACAUUGUUAAUAAAUCUAUUCCUGGAAAAAAAGAUGAUCAGUGUUUUUGUAAUGCUAGUUCAUGCAAAAUGACUGGUCAGUAUGGGGAUACUAGUGUAGGAAACAGAGAAGUUUGGCAUGGAAAUGUAGACGUAAUUAUCAAAAGUGAUUUAAUUGUGCAACCAUUGGAAAAUCUGCCUUGUAGUCCUGAAGGAACAGCUCCAUUUGAAGAGAAAGUAAAGUCAUAUGCCCUCUCAGGAAAUGCACAGAUAAUAUCACAGACCAUAGUAUUUUCAUUCCUUCAAAAGCAAAUGCAUCCAGAGAGAGAACAUUUUUUGACUCCAUGCAUUGCAGUGGGAAAUUCUUCAAUGAUCGUUAUGUUCUAUGAUUCAGAGCAUGAUGUUAUCUUAGAAAGUUCUUCCAUACCUCUUUUUCGGACAUCUGGUGAAAAUGGAUUUGAAUUUGAUGAUUGUGCAAUUUUGGUUUCUUGGCUUGCAGUAAAUUACAAGUUUUUAAGUUCUGGUUUAACCGAAGAAAUGAAAAAAUGCAAAAGUCACUUUUUCACUGAGGCACAAGAGAAGUUGAAAAUCUAUGAACAGAAAUUACAACUUGGAAAUAUUUCUUCUCUCCCAGUGCAUAGUUUUCAGAAGAGAUCUUUACAUUGGAGUUCAUUUAUAGAAGAAACAGAAAAUGAACUGAUUGGAAUAAUUCACAGAGAAAAGAAAAGGCUUAAAGUAUUUGAAUCAGAGGAAGGAGGUCAAUGUGACAGAAAUUAAAAUUUCAGAUAUUGAUUGACUUGACCUCUGUUGAACAAGUUUACUGAGCAGAUCUGUUGUCUUUUUAUUUUUUGUCCAAAAUGAUUUGUGCUUGUUCUUCAGUAAAUGUGUUUCUGGAACUGGUCAUUUUUCACACACACCUUAAAAUUUAUUUAGAAGGUUGAAGCUUUGUUGAGCAAUACCAAAGUAAUAUUUGAUAUCUAUUACUGGCCUGUACUAAGCAUUGCAAUGUGUAUUCUUUUGAUCAAUGCAUGUUCUCUUACAUGUGUAAGUAUUCUAAUUUCAAAAAGUUUAUAUGAAGUGCUGUA